CCGCGGCGCCUCCCCCUUCAGCAGCAGCAGCAGCAGCAGCGGCUGGAAACUCUCUUCGCUCCUCUCUGCUGCUGUUGCUGCUUUCGUGCUGCUCUUCUUCCUCAGCUGCGUCGAACAGUUCGCCCAAAUGCACCAAAAAAAAAUCGACCAGCAGCUCAACGCAGACAUGCAGCAGCUGCUGCAGGACGCCACCCCCUGCAGCAGCAGCAGCAGCAGCAGCAGCAGCAGCGGCGGCGCCGGCAGCUGCAGCAAGCUGCGCGGAGGCAGCCCCAGCAACAGCAAGACGCAGUGAAGCAGCAACUGCUGCUGCUCCACGACGCCACGGCCAGCCUGCUGCAGCAGCAGCAGCAACACGCAGCAGCAAACGCAGCUGCUGCUGCUGCAGCUUCCGAUGCUGCAGCAACUGAUGCCGCAGCUACUCAUGCUGCGUGA